GCAACGCAAAAGAACGUAUCAAACAAUUUUUAGUCAUUUUUCGAGCAAAAAAUGAUAACAACAUUAAUAUUGUUUGUCAUCGCCAUCAUUUCCGUCUACUUUUACAUCUUCAAAUGGAAAUUCAAGUACUGGGAACGUCACGGAAUUCCUCAUUCGAAGCCCGUUUUCCCUUUUGGCACUAUCCGAAUCGGCGAUAAGCUCCAUUUAGCGCAACAAAUGCACCAACAAUACCUCAAAUUCAAAGAAAAAGGCCCAAUUUUCGGUGGUUAUCGCUUGUUAGAGCCCCUUCUCAUCAUCGCUGACCCGCAAAUCGCCAAACAAAUCCUGAUCAAAGACUUUUCCAGCUUCCACAGUCGCGGAUUGUACGAAAAUCGCAAAGACGAUCCCAUGGUUUCGCAUUUAUUCAUCCUUUCGGGCCAGCAAUGGAAGCGAAUUCGCGAAAAAGUGACGCCCGUUUUCACGUCUGGCAAAAUUCGUGGCAUGACGCCGACGAUACUGGCAAUUGCGGAACGUCUCGUCGAUAAGAUAUCGUCCGAGAUAAAAAUUGACUCGCAAAUUGAUGUCAAAGAAUGGCUGGCACGCUUCACAACUGACGUCAUUGGGUCUUGUGCCUUUGGCUUGGAGUGCAACAGUAUCGCCGAUCCGGAUGCCGAAUUCCGAAAAAUGGGAAAAAUUUUGCUGAAAAAUGUGAAUUUUGUCAAAGUUUUUUUCGGGCAGAAUUUUCCGUGGUUUUCCAAAAAUAUUCUGCAUUUGACAAUUUUGACGGAUCAGAUUCGGAAUUUUUUCUUUAAUACGGUGAAGCAAAAUGUGGCGUAUCGUCAGAAGAAUGGAAGUCAGCGAAAUGACUUUUUGGAUCUCUUGAUUGGACUUUAUAACGAAAAGAAGACGAAUGACGAGAAAGAUUGGGAUCUCGAGGGAUUGUCGAUUUAUGAAAUUGCGGCGCAAUGCUUCGUUUUCUUCUUUGCGGGCUUUGAAACGUCAUCAAGUGCGAUUUCUUACACGUUAUUGGAGUUGGCGCGCAAUCAAGAUAUUCAAAAAGAAGCGCGAAAACACGUGAAAGAGGUGCUAAAGAAGCACAAUGGUGAAAUGACGUACGAGAUGUUGCAGGAUUUGACGUACAUUGAUCAAUGUGUCUUUGAAACCCUUCGAAUGUACCCUCUCGCUCCCAUGCUGCUUCGCGUGGCGAACGAAAAUUAUCGCAUUCCAAACACCAAUUAUGUCAUACCGAAAGGACAAAGUGUCAACAUUCCCAUUUACAGCUACCAAUUGGACCCCGAUCACUUCCCUGACCCGGAAAAAUAUGAUCCCACGCGUUUUGCCAGCAAAGAAAGUCAACAUACGCAAAUUUACAUGCCAUUCGGUGAAGGUCAACGCAUUUGCAUUGGAGAGAGAUUCGCGAAAAUGACCGUUAAAUUGGCCUUAGCUCUACUUUUGAUGAAUUUUGAGUUUGAGUUUACGCCAAAAACGAACUAUCCGCCGAUUUAUAAUACGAGACUUCCGCUCAUGUCGACCAAAGGGGAGAUGUUUUUGGGUUUGAAACGUCUUUAAAUGUGUUUGAAGUGAAAAUUAAUAUGAAAAUAUUCCCAAAAUGAGUUAUUCUAUCACUGAAUUCAGUAAUUUUCUAAAAUUAAAUUUGAUAUUCGAGAAAAAAAAAAUUUUUAAGGUCAAAUUUAAGGAAAAAAUUUAAUUUAAAUUUUAUAAAAAAAUAAAAUUUAAAAAUUAAAUUAAAAUUUUUUAUAAAUAAUUAAAUCUUAUUUAUUGAUUAAAAAUUAAAUUAUUUUUUGACCAUUUAUGUUUAUUAUUUUUAUUUUUUUUAAUUUAAAAAAUUUUCAAAAAAAAAAUGAAAGAUAUGUUAAUAAUUUUUAGUGAAGAAAAGUUAUUAUUUUUUUUUAAUUCGAAAAUAAAAAAAAUCUAAAAAUUAAAAAUGGACAAAAAAAGUUAUUUUUAGUGUGGGAUUUUCGAAAAUAAAUAAUUAUUUUUUCUUUUAAAAUUUUUAUAAAAUUAUUGAAAUGUUUACCUGCAACAAAACCGUCACAUGCUCUUCCUCGCUCUUUUGCCGCAAUAACGCUUGUUCCACAUUCCACGAUUGCUGCGUCGAUCCUGUACCAAAUCCUGUUCCCUUUGCCCAAUACAUGUGCCCUUUAUCGUCUGACAAUGACGGAACGGGCUCUUCUAUUGAACUUGAGGCAGUUUUGACAUUCGGUUGAAGCUAAAAAAAAUAAAGAAAAAUUAAUUAAAUACACAU